GAUUUAAUUCCCUCUGUUUUCUCUCUCUACUUUCAGGGAACCCUCCACUUUCUCUCUCUAGGAGUCCAAUGGCGGACUCAUCGGAGGGCCUCGGAGCUGCGAGUUUCGUCACUCAGGCCAAUGCUCUUCUUCGAAAGAAUGCCACCUUUCAAAAACGCAAUAUGAAGACGAAUUGUUGUAUAAUUUCAUUCCCCGUUAUCUUCUGUUUGUUAAUCGGUGUGGCCAAUAUUAUAAUUCAUAACAUCAUUAGUAGACAACCUGAAGCACAAUGCGAUGGUAACUCGAUGAAUCCUAAGUGCCCUAUCGCUAGUCCUCCCAAAUGGCUACCUUUACUCCAAGUUCCUCGCCCUGAGAGCCGUGCUUGUAGAGCUGAUUAUAUCCCCUUCACAGACCUUCCUGAUGAGUCCUGCAGAAGAACACAAAAGUGUCCUGCCACUAUACUUUUGACCGGUGGAAAUCGUUCUUUUGCAGAGAGUGUGGGGCAAAACUUAUUCCCGAGCUUGCUAUCUUUAAAUAUUUCUGAAUAUGGGAUCACACUACCUGCCUCUAUCAUGGGGACAGACUCAGAGACUGGAGAUAACCAGUUUGAUGAACCUGCAUUUUACUCUUUGAGUCCACUAUAUGUCCUUCAAUCUAAAUGCACGCGAAGUCUUGCAGUCCCUCUUCAGAUAGUUUCAAAAAAACUUGAUAAAGAGAUUGCAUGCAUUGAAGGCUUACCUUUGUGGCGUGAUAAUUCCUCACUGGUAAAUGACGAGUUGUUCAAGGGUUACCCGGAAGGGAAUAAAGAGAAGAAAUCUAAUGAAAUCACCGCAGCUUAUGAUUUCUUGACCUCAAAUGAAAAUCGUUAUAUGAUUAAUAUUUGGUACAAUUCAACCAAUGGUGGUACUGACAAUAAAAUAAUGCGUGUUCCACGUUCAGUGAAUGCGGUCUCCAAUGCUUACCUCCGUCUUCUGAGAGGUAACGAUAUGAAUAUACAGUUCGAAUACGUCAAAGAAAUGCCAAGACGAGCAUCAGACAUUACGUGGGAUAUUUCUAUUAUUCUGAGGCAGCUCUUCGUUGUAUGGAUUCUAGAACUUAUAUUUCCGGUCAUAUUGACAAACCUGGUCUAUGAGAAGCAGCAUAAGUUGAAAAUUAUGAUGAAAAUGCAUGGGCUUGGUGAUGGGCCUUAUUGGAUGAUAUCUUAUGCUUAUUUUUUCUGUAUAUCAUUUGUUUAUGCACUCUUGUUCAGGCUAUUUGGUGAUCUGGCAGGUAUAAGUCUCUUUCGUUUGAAUGCCAACGCCAUAUUGUAUCCGUUCCUUUUUAUUUAUACCAACUUACAGGUUGCAUUAGCAUUUUUUGUGGCAACAUUCUUUUCUGAUGUUAAAACUGCUCAAGUAAUAGGUUAUAUAUACGUAUUUGCUUCUGGUCUAUUAGGGGAAUAUCUAUUCAAACCUUUUGUGGAAGAUGCUUCCUUCUCAAGAACCUGGGUUUUAAUAAUGGAGAUCUUUCCUGGGUUUUCCUUAUUCAGAGGCAUAUAUGAGCUGUAUGACUCUUCACUCUCUGCAAGUGUGGGAGCUUCUAGCAUGCAAUGGAGAGACUUGGAUGAUAGCAGUAAUGGAAUGAAAGUUCUUAUGAUACUAAUGAGUGUCGAAUGGCUGGUAUUGCUUCUAUUUGCAUUCUUCUUGGAUAAGGUUGGCAUUGGUAAUACUCUAUGUUUUUGGCGAUGCUUCCAAAAUAUGUCAUCGUCAUCUAGUAAUAAACCCGGCGAAUCAGUAGUCCUUAAUGAGAUGACGAAGGACGAUAUUGCUCAUGAGAAGGAGGUGGUCGAAAAAUUACUGCUACAGCCUAGUUCUAAUUAUGCAAUCAUCUGCAAUAACAUGAAAAAGGUGUACCCGAGUAGGGAUGGAAACCCAGAGAAGUGUGCAGUUAAAGGGUUAUCUCUUGCCUUGCCUCAAACAGAAUGUUUUGGAAUGCUUGGUCCUAAUGGUGCUGGGAAAACAUCUUGGAUAAGUAUGAUGACUGGGUUAACGAAACCAACUUCGGGCACUGCUUAUGUUCAAGGAAUGGAUAUCAGAUUCAAUAUGGACAAAGUGUACACUAGAAUUGGCGUAUGUCCACAGCAAAACCUACUUUGGGGAACACUUACUGGGAGAGAGCAUUUGUUGUUUUAUGGUCGAUUAAAGAACCUAAAAGGACACGCAUUGACUCAGGCUGUUGAGCAUUCUCUGAAGAGUCUGAAUUUAUUUCAUGGUGGUGUUGCUGAUAAACAAGCAGGGAAAUAUAGUGGUGGUAUGAAGCGAAGACUUAGUGUUGCCAUUGCUCUGAUUGGUGAUCCUAAGGUUGUCUACUUGGAUGAGCCUAGCACAGGACUAGAUCCAGCAUCAAAAAAUCACUUGUGGAAUACUCUAAAGCGAGCUAAACAAGACAGGGCAAUAGUUCUUACCACGCAUUCAAUGGAAGAAGCAGAGUAUCUAUGUGACAGAUUGGGCAUAUUUGUGGAUGGUGAAAUGCAAUGUGUGGGGAACCCGAAAGAGCUGAAGGCUAGAUAUGGAGGAACUUAUAUCCUAACGAUGACAACGACCUCUGAGGAUAAUGAAGAAGAGGUAGCAGCUCUGGUCCACGGACUCUCUUCUCAUGCCAUAAAGAUAUAUCAUUUGUCGGGGACCCAGAAGUUUGAGAUACCGAAGAAGGAUGUUACCAUAGCUGGAAUUUUCCACGCAGUGGGCAAGGCCAAGAGCAGGUUCCCCAUACAAGCAUGGGGGCUGACCGAUACCACACUGGAGGAUGUUUUUAUCAAGGUGGCUAAAGGAGCAGAAGCAUUUAGUGAAUUGUCCUGAUUAUGCAAAAACUUGUUUUUGCCUUGCAGAAUGAGCAAAAAUAUUAUGGAAUGGUUAAGCUUCUGUAAUGAUGGGUUUGUAGUAUUUAUAAUUAACAACUUGUGUUUAUUUUAUUGUCAGCGAAAUAAAGUAGCAUUUUUGUGGCAUUUUGUUCUGUUUA